AUGACCAAAGACUGGCGUAGUCUUCGAGCGGAUGUCCAUCAACUUUACUGCGAAGAGAAUCGAAAACUCAAAGAUGUGAUGAGGAUAAUCGAGGCUCGUCAUGACUUCAAAGCGUCGGAGCGGUCAUAUCACAACCAGCUACGCAAAUGGGGCUAUAUGAAGUACAAACUUCAUGAUGGUCAACGAUCAAGUGACAAAGCUCGCUCCCCCUCACUGGCUCGUUCUUCUACCGCCACCGGAGACGAACCUCUAGGAGGUCUUCUUCCAGUCGUGUCGAGCUCAGCAAUAGAAACGAGUGCUCCAACAACGCUUUCUUCUCCAACAAACCUUGCGAGCCAUUCAUAUUCUGAUGGAAAUACCGGCGUACCCGCCCCACCCAGCGAUAUUUCCUUUCCCGAAGUGGUUGCUCGAAUUCGAUCUCCAAUGGUCGCUGAUCCUCUCUCCAGUCCCUAUCGUGCGGACGGAAAAACAGAUCUCCAUCUGGCUGUUCUCGCACAGGACAAGGUUGAGGUGGAAGAAGCCCUACGUAAAUUACGUAAAGAUUUCUCACUUGUCAACGUCAAAGAUCAUCUGGGCAACGGGGCACUUCACUAUGCCACAGAGAAAGGCUCUGCGGAGAUCGUCGCCCUCCUGCUUGACCAUGGAGCUACGGUGAAUGCUAAAGGAAAAUUUGGGAAGACCCCGCUGCAUCUAGCUGCAUCCCAUGAUAUUGCCCUUCUUCUCUUGGGGCAUUGUGCGGAUACAACAACGAAAGAUGCCGAUGGUAACACACCAGCUCAUAUCGCGGUACAAUCUUCCACUCCGGAGAGGGGAGAGAACAAUACUCUUCACGCCCUCAUCGACCACGAACCUUGCACUCUCAAUACCCCAAAUCGGUCGGGGUUCACCCCUUUUCAUUAUAUCUUACAGCAGCAUAGACUUCCCCUCGACUUCUUUCUCUCCCGAGGAGCAAGUGCCACGAUGCCGUUCCCAGACGGUCGAAUGCCCCUUGAGGUGCUUUUGGCAAAUUUAGGGAAGCUCAAGCAUUGGGUGGCUUGCCGCGAGUGGACAAACAUUAUCUGCAUCAUGAUCGAAUCCGGGGCUAAUCCAGACACCCUGGUUCCUAUGGGAAAGUCGUUGACAGUGGAAUAUAUUGAGAUAUUGCCCAGCAUAGGGAUUGACGACAGUUUUGACACUACCUUAGGCCGAUGGCUAUGCUACUCCGCUGAAUUGAUAGCCCCACCAUCUACAGGUCUAAAACCAGGCGUCUCCCUCUUGCAUAUUUUGUCAGAGAACUGUGUAAGGGACACCGGAUCCACACACCCAUUCCACGAUCUAUUCCAGACAGUUCUCGAACGAGGAGGAGACCCGAACAUCAGGGACGGGGAUGGAAGAACGCCUUUGUUGAUGUUACUGGUCGAUAAAAAGAACAACAAGGAUAAGGUCUUUUCUCACUUGCAACAAUUGACCUCAUACGGAGCGAAUCCCUGGAUAUCGGACAAAAGCGGAAAGAACGCAAUACAGGCAGCGGCAAGGUCCCCUGAGUACUCCGAAGCGUGUCUGUAUUGCCUGUUGAGGAACUCAUUGGAGGCACAGAAGGAAGUGCAUCAGACUCUCCAGAGGCGCAGUGUCUUGCAGCACUGCGGAUUACAGGAGUGGCUUUCAGCUGUUGACGCAGAUGGGUGGUCCGAAGCCAAAAGACGGCUUCAUGAUCUUCAUGCUCCAGAAACCUUGAAGAUGUGCGCGUUCAAGGUCAUCGCCGAGUGGUAUUUGGAAAACUCUAAGAGUCAGUAUGGAGAGCCCAAAGACAGGAAAGAGAGGCGACGCCGAUACAACGCGUGGAUUAUCCGGGACUGCCACGAGGAGGGCAUCAGGCUUGAUACCAAGUACUACGACGAUCUUGUAGAGCUCUGUCUUUGA